UUUUCUCGUAUCUUUAUCAGCAGCCUUUUCUCAUUCUUGGCUGUUGUCAAGCAUUGCCUGGGCCUCUUCUAAAACAUCAUCUGGAUUGGCCAGUUCAAUCUAAAUAAAAAACACAAAUAUUUUACGCAAUGUAAUUAAAGAAGCUCAGGAUUUGUAAACACUGAUUAUUCAAGAGCUGCUGUAGAAUCUCCCUCUUAACUGGACUUUAAUUUAUCCUGCAGUCUUUCACUAAAUACUUGAAAAUACUUUCCUCAUUUUAUGAUGACAGCAAGUGCCUAUCUAUUACUACUUCUUUCAAUAUCUAUGUAUAGGCUGUGUGGAUGCUACCUUAGAGAGUACAUAGUCUAGACAAAGUAUAACCCAGGCCUGCCACAGUGAUUUGCAUGGUAGAUGUUGACUUGUAAAUCCUGUUAACAGACUAGAGAGGAAAAAUGUGGUAAAGUCACAAGCAUAUUUUUUACAAUAGGGAAGUUGUGGCCUAUUUGUCUACAGUCAACAAAUGGAGAUUGUCCCUGGCAGUGGCUAGUAUCAGUUGCGUCUAAGGAAAGUGGAAAAAACUCAGCAUAGAAAAUGAUGGAAUAACUUGCCUACUGGGAAAGUUUCGUCCUAAUCCUAGUCAAUCCUAAACCUAGUUAAUUUAUCCCCUGAAGCAUGAUCCCCUCUUUUUUAAAAAAUCCUACUUAAUGUAAGUGGAUGUCAUCAUCCAUAUAAAUAUCUACUUCUUGAUUUUAAAUUUAUACACACCAAAUUACACAGAUUAACUGUUGUGAAAGAAAGCUGUUUCCUAUUACAAUUCAUUAUUUUUUAUGCUUCCAUUGUGUCCCUCUUAUUUACAUCUAAACUAAACUAUACCAAUACUUUUAAUGUCUCUUCAUUAUGUCUUUCUAUGCCUCAAACUGCUUGUGUCAUCUGCCUCUGGACCCCUUCUCUAUUUCUCCUCUAUUCUCUUUUCAUAUAGGAUGAUUAGAACUGAUCACAGUAUGACAGUGUUCCAUGGUUUUGUGUACUUUCUAUUCUAUUCCUUAUAUAGCCUAUAACUUCAGUACUUUCUAUUCUAUUCCUUAUAUAGCCUAUCACUUUUGUUUGUGAUUUAAACACAUGCUGACAAAUUAGUCAAGCCCUCUGAUAAAGGAGACCAAACAUUGCUUGCUGACAUUUUCUUGUAGUUCUGCUUUACUCAAAAGCAACUGCUCUGUCUCAGAGCCAAAUUUAUCAAGAUAAUGUAUUUGUUUUUCAAGAGAAAUGCCAGGAUUAAAGUCUCUAAGCAACUGUAAAUGCUUAAAAGAAUCCUCUGAAAAGAGUUGCUUUUAAAAUUUCCUCUCUUGCUAGGGGUAUUUCUGCAUUGGAUAAAGGAAUAGUUUAGAUGGCCUAGCAGAGAUGAUAAAUCUAAUAGAAGACGUCACUUGAUGGUCAUAUAAUAUGACUGGAAACCUCUCAAUUUACGUUUACAGGAACAUUGAGCUAUUUCUGCCUUACGUGGCAGAGGCAGGGAGAACUUUGUUAGGCUUAGGGAUGAAAUCUUGGCUCCACUAAAGUAAAUGGCAAAUUUACAUUGAAUUUAGUGGGGUCAGGAUUUCACCCCAAAUCCUUGGCCACUCCUAAGCAAAUAUGCCAAACCCACGAAAAAAACGCAGAAAUUGGGCUUGUUUUUGGCUUAAUUGGCUUGUGAGUUGCUUGUUGGCUAGUUUUUGGCUUGUAGUUUGUUACUUAUUUGGCUUGUCGUUUGUAGCUUCUUUUUUUGUCCGGCUCCUGGCAAGCAGGGGCAAGGUGGGGAGAGAGUCAGAGGUUCACAGCGGGCCCACAGACUGCACUCUGGGGGGGAUCUAGUCACAUAGAGGGUUCAGGUUCUUAUGGAUUGGCUUGUUUUGGCCUUGUUUUGAAAUGGGAUUAGCUUGAUUUUUUUACUUAUUGUGAAAGUUGGAGUGCUUAUUUACCGCAUGAAAGUUGGCAACUGUGCUCCUAAGUGCCACUUCAGUCAUGAUACAGCUUUAAGGCAGUCUGCCCUAACAAAGGAAUGCUAGAUUGGUGUAAGGCUGACAUUGUCCUACGCCAGCCCCUCCUGGCCCAGUCUCUGAAACCCCAGAAGGUGGUUGGUCUUAAAAAUCUGAGCUUCAGCACAAGUCUAAACACCUGCACUGCAAUUUUUAGCUCCCCUGACCAAGCCCCGUGAGCCCAAGACAGCAGAAAGCCAUGGGGUUUUUUACUGCAGUGUUGACAUGCACUUUAUCCUUAGAGCCUGCAUCACUCCUGUAGUUGAGAUCAGCAAGAGAUGGAUAAACUGACAAUCACUAAUUUUGUAUGGCCAGGGAACAAGACACUCUCAGUGAAGUAUUCCUACUUUUUCUAAGAAUUUGUUUCACUUCCCUUGUGGCCUAACAGAGCCUCAAUAUGUUGAUCCUCAAGGCCUGGCUGCCUUAUGGAAAUUAACUUGGAAUUGGCAGGGCAGUUACUUUAUUGGCAUUAACUUGUGUGUUGUCUUUACUGACAAUGCAUCUUACAAUAGGUGUAUCUUAGAAAUGGAUUAAGUGAAAUGUGGCCCCAUUGGCUACCUGAAGCCCAGAGUGUAGGAUUGGUUAAAAUGUUUCAAUUAUAGGCUAAUAUGAUGAGAAAUGUAAACUGGUUUUGGUUUGGAUUUAUGGCAGGGUGGUCAAUUAAAAAUCAGUAGUGUUUUUUUAAAUCAUGGCAAGCAGGAAACCUCAAUUUAAAUAUCUAUUUUAAUCUUGUUUUGCAUUUGUACUCUUUUGUUUUCCUAAAGAAAGAUUGAUUCUCAUUGGUUGCAUUAAUGUUUAUUUGCAAUUAAAUAUAGUCUCUAGAUUGCUCUUGGUAUUUCUUGCUAACCAGAAAGAUAUGCUAUAUCUGUUCUCACAAUUUAAGCAAUUAUACAGCUUAACACUUAUUCAGAGCCUUAUCUUUUUUUACAUUGUUUUGUUGUAAAAUAAUGAUGAUGUUUCUUAUUUCCUUUAUUAAAUUUUUAGUUGUGACUUGUGUCAAGCUGCAUGGAUGGAAAUUGGAAUUCGAUGAAAAAUGUUGUCUGUGCUGGAUAUAUACAUUUAUUUUUUCAUAUAAAAACAGUAUUGCAUUUAAAACAACUGAUUAGAGGAAGUAUUAUCUGUAGCUAACAAAUUGAACUGAUUGUUUCUGGUCACCAUGUCCUUCAGUAUUUUUAGAAGUAGUAGAUCUGAUCCUCCUGUUUUUGUUCAUGAAUUUGAAGAGGAAAAGAAGCUUUUUUGCUUUUUCAACUCCCAAUUGGUAUCUCAACUUUGAAUGAACUAGUUAUUGAAAUGAAAUGAAGAGAAUAUUCUCUGCAUCAGGAGAAGAGGCUACUGCUGUCAAAAGCUGCUUUAGCACUUCAACAAACUCUAGUUCCAGGUGCUUAGCCAGUGACUUCCACCAGUCCAGUGGUUUAACUUUUAUUAUUAAAACUUCGGCAGCAAACAUGUACUAUCUGAAUAUUUUCUUAUUCCAUUCAAAUUAUUUUAAUAGAUUUAAGAUAAAUUUAGGCUUUAAUGUGAAUUUCAUAUUUUCAAAUUUAUUUUAGUUUUUUUAAAGUCCAGUUUUGAAUUGGAUGUUUAUCCACUCUCUGAUUUAGACUUCCCUGCAGUGUUUGGAGCCCAAACUUUGCAGCAUAGUGCUACUGCACGACAAUCAGUGGCUAUGGUGGAGGUUCAGCUAGAGCCAACACAUGUCUACCCUCCAGGUCUCUUGAUAGCUUUCAGUGCCUGUACUACUGUGCUUGUUGCUGUUCACCUCUUUGCUCUCAUGAUAAGUACCUGCAUUCUUCCAAAUAUAGAGGCUGUUAGUAAUGUGCACAAUCUCAACUCUGUAAAGGAGUCUCCGCAUGAGCGUAUGCACCGACACAUUGAGCUCGCCUGGGCAUUUUCCACUGUCAUUGGGACUUUGCUCUUCCUUGCAGAGGUGGUGCUGCUGUGUUGGGUGAAAUUUCUUCCACUGAAGAGGCAUCCUCUUGUUUCAGUCCAUGACAACAAUUCUACCAUCACCCCAGGAGAGGCAGCAGCCAUUGCCUCAACAUCUAUUAUGGUUCCUUUUGGAUUGAUUUUCAUUGUGUUUGCAGUCCACUUCUAUAGGUCACUGGUGAGCCACAAAACAGACAGGCAAUUUCAAGAAUUGAAUGAACUUGCUGAGUUUGCACGGCUCCAGGAUCAGCUGGACCACAGAGGCGACACCUUGCCUCCUCCUGGCAGCCAUUUUGCAUAAAACUAUAUUUUGUAUAAAAUCCAUUUUUUGUUUCUGCCUUGCUAUGUUGACUCCUCCCUGCAUGAACUAGCUGGACUGUUGAUUGAUUUUAAAGAGAGAUUAAGUACUGUGCUAAUUUCUUACAGUAAAAAAAUACCAUGACAUCUUAGACAACUGACAUCUGACGAGACUGAUGUUGGGGUAUGGCUGCACUGAGCAUGCAUCUCUCAUCCUUCCUCUUAUCAUCUGGAUUGUUUCUUUUUAAUGUUGAAUGGUGAAUAUAUCAGUGCAUAAGAGGAGUUGAAUUUUAGUCCUCGGUAUAUGUUAGGUGUGGGAGGGAAGCCUUAGUUCUCUCUCUUUGAUGUUGGUGUUGGCUAGAAAGUAUUGCUGGUCCAAUACAUGUUGCAUGGCACAAUACAAAUUACUUGGGACAUGUAGUAAUUAGCAUUUGGUUUCAGUGCUAGUGCUGUGAUCUCUAAAAGUCUGAUGAAAGGUAAAAUUGAGAGCUUUUCCACCUUCCCUUUUCCCACUAGCUCCCCCAAUCAUGUUUUUCUGCCAAGUAAUUAUUACUUUACUAAUUUCUAUGGGGCUUUUUGCCAUGGCAGCUAUAAAUUCUUACUCUCCAGAUACCCAUGACAGUACUAUUGCGAUGUGGUCUGAUCUGCAUCUGUAGGACCGAGGCCCUAACUUUACUCUUCUUUUGGGAAGAAAAUACAGAGAAAAGCAAUAACUGCUUUAAUAGUCAUGGGAGCAGAUACGUUAUCAGAAGUGAUAAAAUUGCCUGUUUUCAUUGAGGAAACAUUUUGAAAAGAAAAAAUAGAUGGAGAAACUACCACUAGAGGUUUUUUUCCCCUUGCUUGAAAACUUGCCAUUCAGGGCUUUUCUCUAGCAAUAACAUACACUGGUAGAGACUUAACCACAGUAGAACUACUGCUAUGGUUCCAAACCAAAGUAGCAAUUAUUUUAUACUUUUUAUAUAUUAAAUAUAUUUUUGAAUAAAUUCUCAGAUACAAAUGAUAAAAGGCGCUUUGUGUGUGUGGGAAUUCCAAGUAAUUAGCUGUACGUUGAUCUUGUUUGGUAGAAAAAUCUUCUGCUUGCUCAAGUAUUGCAUUUAAGAUAUUAAAAUCUUAAUUACACGUGAUUUUUGCUUCCAGAAUGUUGUGGAAGACCAUUUAUUGCUAUAUAGACUUAUUUAUGAAAACAAAUUAUUUUUAUUUUAAGAAGUAGUAUUGCUUCUUAAUUGUAAGACAUGUGCAUCUUCUGUUGAAUGAAGCUGCUGUUUUAGCCUCAAGCUAUUGUGUCAAAUUCUAACUUCUUCCUCAAGCAAAAACUCACACUUGACAAGGAUUAUAGGAUUUGGCUUCAACUCUUUCAGAAUUUGUGAGACUCUAGAUACAUUAAAAAAUGAAUGUUGGCUUUUGGACAGCGUUUCUCCUGCCUUCGCUGAAGGAUGGAAAUGGGUGGGUUAGUUGGUGAAAAAUCUCUUUGAACCCAGAAAUUACCAGUUUCUGAUAUGUUCAGCUCCCACGGAACAGAAUUGGGAUCUCAGCUCGUAGCUGCUAAUAUGGAAUGUAAUCCUGUAAUUUUGUGAUGGAGGUAACAAAUUCAGUUGUGGCCUAAUCGAAGCUGUGCCUCUUUGACUUCAAGUGAAGCUGUGGAUGCUUAUGCCUACAUUGAAUGUAGUCAAUUAUACCCAGUCUCUUUAAAAGAUGAAUUCAACAUGCUUUACAAAUGAAGGUCCUAAUUUUGCAAACACUAGUAGUACUUACUAUGAUGAGUAGUCUCACUUGCAUCAAUGCAACUGACUUAUUAGUGCAAGCACUACACCCAGUAAGAUGAAUUGACAAGACAAAGUGCAGUUUAUAUUCUGAAAAAUUACUUUAAAAAUUGUAUCCAAGUGCUGUGGCUAUAUCUGAGUGACAUAUUUGCUCCUAUUGUGCUCUGUUCACAAGCAAAAAAUAGUUUUUGAGUUGCCAUCCCCAAAAACUCCUGGAUAUGAAAGUCAAACAGAAAUUCUCUCUGGUUUUGACAUUACCAGUUGUUUUUUUGCAGCUGAAAUAUAAUAGUUGGUGAGCAGAAUUCCACUCACUGUUCCACAACUGUUUGUUCUUGGAGUGCUAAUGGGAUUAAAUUAGUAAAAACUUUAGUAAAUGGUAUUCUGAAAUAGUCAUGAAAAUUUACCAGCCUGAGCACAAAAUCCAGUUGCCAAUUCUUUACUGAGUUGUUGAUAAUGAUAAAUCUAAUGAUACCUUACUUACCCUGGGAAAGUAGACUUUUAGAAAACUGUGGUAAAGUAAGCAUACUGGAGCAAAUAUCUUAAAGGGACACUAUCAAGUUGAAAUAAAAUUACACUUUUCUGAAA